AACUUCAGCAGAACUUCUUGAUCAGCAACUUGAUGUGCCUCUCUCGCCUCGCCGUGAGAAGAGAAGCAUGUCUGUAUCGCAGAAACACAUCGCUCACGAGCUGCUCUCUCGUGCACACUCCCCAGACACGGCAGAUCAGCUUUUCACCGAGCGCAUCAAACAGAAACCGCUGUACCUCCGACCAACCUCGCCAACACCAGCAGAUAAUCGCUCUCGCCGCCGAUUACAGCGUCUGCGCAAGAAGGAAUACUUCUACAAGAAACAGAAACCAAGACCGCUCUCUGCGCGCGAGAAACGUGUCUCUGGGAUCCACGACAUACCCAAGGAGGAAUGCAAAUACGACAUUUUCAAGGGCUUGCAUGAGUUAUGGGUGGAAUAUAUGCAGGAGGUGCUGGAUAUUAAAGACCGGAAAGCAUAUAACUACACUCCCGUAACUCCCGCAAGCCAUGGUAGUAAGCUUGUCAGUGCGGAUUAUCACGGCGCGAAGAUCGAGGUUGUCCGCAGUCGAUGUGCGGGCAGGGUAGGCGUGAAAGGUAUUGUGGUUAGAGACACCAAAUUCACUUUUGUGAUAGUCACCGAGAACGACGUUGUCAAGACUAUUCCCAAAGAGCACACCGUUUUUCGGUUUACGAUACCUACUAUCCAGCAUCAAACAAAUAAUGGCAACGACACUACUCACGGCUUGGAAGUUGCAAGCAAGGAUUUGGUUUUUGAGUUACAUGGCAGUCAAUUCGAGAACCGGCCCGUUGACCGUGCAAACAAGAAGUUCAAGUGGAAGAAUGUCGACUAUCUAUGAUAGAUAUUGAUAAACAGACAACAUCAACUUUUCCAUCAAAUACGCCACUUUACUGCAGUUGUUAAACGACUACAUUUACCGGCGAAUUUGGACCCCAACCAAGGCAUCUAAAGCUGACAGGCCAAGCCGCACUGUAGUCGUGGCAAACGUUGAGGGGAGAACUUUGACCUAAGGUGCAAAUUCUGGCACCCUGGGAUUGAUUCUGCCAGGGAGCGCACAGAAAGGUGGCUCUUCCCAAUUUCAUACCUACGUGAUGGUAUAUCUCCUCCAGAUAAAUAUCUCCGAGAGCACAGUAGGCACGAGAACACUAUUUUAUAGGUUUAUAUGAGGCCAGAUGCCGAUAGUAUCCAGCAGCAAGUCUUGCGGUCUCAAUCCAUGAUCUGCAAUAGCUAAGGAACACAAUUAUGGCUGCACGACAACUAUUAUUCUACAGUAAUAGGCGAUGCUAGAGAGAAAUAUCAAGAUAUGUUA